AUGCCUAAUGAUUGGAUGGUGAUUGGUGAUUUUAACUCCUUUAUGGACCCGGCUGAUAAACUUGGAGGAGCACCGCCACCUUUGAAUACUAUGAAACAAUUCUCAGAUUGUAUCUCGGAAGCUGGGCUAAUUGAAAUUCCGGUUGUGGGUGAACGAUUUACCUGGGAAAAGCAAGCUGUGAAGGAAAGACUGGAUUGGGCAUUCUGCAACUUUGAUUGGGAGUUGAGCCACCCUAACCAUAAAUCUCAUCACAAGCUUAGAUACAAUUCUGACCACAGACUUAUUGUUGUUACUAGUGGAAACUCUGACACCAGAACCAAAAAGAACAGUCAAUUCAAAUACUACUCAGCUUGGGCAAUAGAAGAUAGUUUCACUGAAGUGGUUAAGAACGCUUGGGAAAAUGAGGAGUGGUGCGCUGGAACUAUUAAAUUUAAGGAGGAGGCUACCAUAUGGAACAAAAAUUACAUGGGCAGUAUUCCUAAACGGAAGCGUGCUAUUCUGAAAAGAAUCGAAGGCAUUGAUCGAGCAAGACAGAAUAAUAAUGCCAAUGGUCUGUUUCGUCUGGAGAGAGAGCUCUGGCAAGACUACACUAAACUAGCAGCCCAAGAAGAACUCAUCUGGUACCAGAAAUCUAGGUGCAAAUGGAUACAAUGGGGAGACAAAAAUACAUGA